AUGAAGUUCUUCCUGACUGCUCUCUUUGCUUUAUUGCCUCUGGCGCUGGCUUCCAAGUCGCUGAAAUCAGUGAUUGUCACUUUCCCCAAGGGCACGCCAUCCUCGGUCGUUGACCAGGCAAAGGACUCGCUUAGAGCCGCAGGUGGCAUAAUCACUCAUGAAUACCAUCUAAUCAAUGGGUUUGCGGCCGACGCUCCUGUGGACGCUCUGCAGACUCUCUCCACGCAGUCCACUCAGUACAAACCAGAGAUUGAAGACGACAAAAUCGUUUCCACAAAUUGA